AUGUAAUAUUAAUUGUGCGUUACGAACUUUAAUUGUAGGAAACUGCAGUAAAUAUUGCACACUCCUGUCGCCUUCUGGAUCAAGAAAUGGAUAAAAUAACGCUAAAUGCUUCAUCAAAAGUAGGUUCACCUUCUGGGUAUAUAUAAUUUACAGUGUGUUUAUUCUUUCCGUUCCCAUUGUGGAUGGACGAAUUUCGUACCUAGGGAAGGGGAGAGAAGAAGUAAGAAUUAAAGAGGGAGUAGUUAGCUAUCCCAAAAAUCCUGAUGCCCCUAUCCCCCCCCCCAUCCCCUUUUGUAUCCAUCCCUGUUCAUCUUUACUGCGUUCGAUAGCAGACUUUAAUGUAUUUAUGUGCUUAUUAUUAUUUGGGCCCUAUCGGUCUUGUUCCUGGAAGAUGAUCUUUUUCAUAGCUGUUAGUGUUCUUAGGCUUAGACAGCUUUCCGAUGCAAAACAUCCGACGGUCAUGUGUUAUUUAUUCUUCAAGGAAUCCUGUGCCGAACAAAUCAGAGCUUGGUUGGAAAGAAUGAAUGAUAAAUCAACUGAAGGAAAUGGUCAAUUACAACAAAUCCAACAAACUAAAUAUGGUUUAAUUAUCGAUGGGCAAACAUUACAAUAUGCUUUGGAAUAUCCGCUUGCUUUGAAAUUUCUUCUCUUAGCUAAAUCAUGUCAGGUUGUUGUUUGUUGCCGAGCUGCUCCUGUUCAGAAGGUUAGUACAAGAUGAGCCGGCUACGGUCAAGAGAUUGGGAGAUAGUAAUGAUGGGAAAGGCCAAACAAUGGAUAUAACGGGGAGAUCUUCGCUAAUUUUUCCUUACAGUCCUCUGUUACCACCCACUUGCUUUGCCAUUGUUGCCUAUUUUUGGCCGUGGCUCCCAAAAAGUUGCCUGUGGACGAAGUUAGGUUGUACUUAGAAUGAAAGCUAUCAAUAUUAUGGUUUACUACACUGUGUUGUUCACAGAAACUAUUCUAAUACGAGUGUAUCACUACAUUGUCCUUUCGUCUAUAAAUAUUUGCCCUGUCCUCUUGCAAGAGUCUUGCCAAACAAAUUCCUUAUAGCGUCCAAACUGACAAAAACUUUUCCAGGGUAAAUUAUUGAUUCAUUUCAUGUAAAGAGUCAGUGCCAUCCUUCAUUUAUACAACAAGAUGGACAUUUUAGAAAAUACUAAAUUAAGUUCAUUUAUACUACUAUAGAUAGUUCUAUCAUGCAGUAUUAUCCGGACCAUUCUCCCUUUAGAGGAGGUGAUCAGGAAAAAACCUAUGGUGGUCGUGAUGGAAUGAAACUGGAAACACUCUUCUCACAUGCGACUAUCAUUAAUUAAGGCAAUUAGAAUCAGAGCAUACUGAAGGAAUCGAACCCAGAUCACAGCGGUGAAAGCCAUACUCACUAAAUACUACUGUAUAUCACCAACCUUCCAACCCAUUGACUGACAGUGUUCAUGACAAGAGUUUAUAAUGUUUCUGAGACAACCUGUGACCGUUGCUCAUUUAAUCUAUAUACAUUAUCAGGGUAUUAGCUAGCCCAUAUACUGUCCGUUUGACGGACUCUUCCCAGUUGAAGUAGCUAAGGGGCUUUCCCAACUGGGUCUACUGGAGGAUUUUCAUUUUUGUUCUGAUGUGAAAGUGCAUUGCGUUUGAUUUUAUAUUACAGUGGAACCCCGCCUUACGGCCACCCCGUUAAUACGGUCACCUCGAUAAUACGGUCACCUUUUUUUGUCCCGGCGAAACACUAAUACAUUUUAUAAUAAAGUUACCCGGUUAAUACGGCCACCCCGUUAAUACGGCCAACGGCCAUAUUGUAGAGUCCCGAACUAAAGAAAUCACCCCGUUAAUAAGGUCACUCAAAAAAAUAAAUGUGUUUACGGACGGAAAUGCAGUAUAAUUUAAGACACCUUGUGCAGUGAAACACACAAUUCAAGUUGCAUCAUAUUACUAAUUUUUUUAUUUUUAUUAUCAGUCGCGCAAAGGAAAAGAAAGAAUACAAGGUUCUUUAGCGACGUUGUAUUCCCUAACAUUGUUUCCUUAAAAUUAGUGACAACUUUAUCUGAACUUUGUAAUGUUUAGUUAUUAAUUGGUAUUAUGGUGGGGUAUGGUGUUACUGUGAUUUUCGAAUAAACAUAGCUUUAAUGACGUCACAAUUGAAAUUUGGUCUCACCCCGUUAAUACGGCCACCCCGUUAAUACGGCCAUAUUAUUUCGGCCCGUUGGUGACCGUAUUAACGGGGUUCCACUGUAUUAUAUCAAAGAACGUUUUAUUUACUUUUUUCCAUUAACUAUUUUCUCAAAAUGUAUCGCGUUUCAUUCAUAUUGGGUGUGUAUUCACUGAAAUGAAAUGUACAAAACAAAGUGUAAUCAGUGUGCAUCCGUGUUUUUCAGUGUUCAUUCACCGGAAAUGAAAUGUACAAAACCAAGCUACCGUUGUUUGCAUCUAAGGAGAAACACGUUGGAAAGAAACACUAUUUAUUCCUACACAAGGACUUUGAUCGGUCAAAAAAACUUUCCCAAUUUACGUUUAACGGACAAAACUUUUUUUUCGGGCUAACACCCUGACAUUAUAUACUUUGAAUUCUUCCACCACAUUGUAACGUAUUGUUACCAAUUUCUAAGGCGUCCGUGGUCCGUCUAGUACGGGAAGAACUUGGUGUGAUGACGUUAGCUAUAGGUGAUGGUGCUAAUGAUGUUAGUAUGAUUCAAGUUGCUGAUAUUGGAGUGGGUAUCAGUGGUCAGGAGGGAAUGCAAGCUGUACAAGCAAGUGAUUUUGCAAUAGGAAGAUUUCGUUUCUUAGUUCGCUUAUUACUUGUACAUGGACAUUGGUGUUAUGAUCGUAUUUCCAAGUUGAUACUUUACUUCUUUUAUAAAAAUAUGGUAAGAUUUUGGAUUAGAAGUUACGAGGCUAAAGUUUUCAUAUAAUGUAAAUAUUGAACAAUGUGUUGUUUUGCUUAAAACGGUUAAGAAAUAAAGUUCCUUAUCUUUUCAUAAACAAUUUUUCAGAGGUUCCCCGCAUAACCUGUGACAUAUACGUACACUAGACGAAGUUUCCACACAAAACAACAAAAUUGGUGGCAUAACUAAUACUGUGUAUUUGACAUGCCAAGACGGAUCUUACUGUGCUGACACGACCAAGAUUAUGAAGCGAACUAAUGUCUUGUAAAAUGGUUAUGAACGUAGGAUGGGGCUUUUAAUGUGGAUGUCUGGAUGAAUAACUAAUAAUUAGGGCAGUAAUAAGUCAACAGAGCGCGUAAUUAUUGCAUACGGUAGAGCCUAAUGAGUUGUUGUAUGUAUUUGUACCAGCGUAUAGGUAGUGACAAAAACACCAAAAAAUUGAGAUGGAUAGGGAUUCAUCUACCCAUAGGUAGCUCAACAAUCAGUGGUAUUAAUUAAUUUCUGUUGAAUAAAGUCAUACUACUACUCACUCCCCCGACUGCAUUGUUUACGCGCAGUCAGAUCAUGUAUGUAUCUGACCGCGCGUAAACAAUGCAGUCGGGGACUGAAUAGUAGAAUGAUUUUAUUCAACAGAAAUUAAUUUUAAAUACCACUGAUUGUUGGGCUACCUAUGAUCUACCUGAAAAAUACAAUUAAAACUAUCAUGAAGGUCCUUCGCUCGAAACGUGGAAGUUUUACUUGUAGUCUCAGGUAUUUGAUUCCCUUUCCAUCUCAAUUUUGUGGUGCAUCAAUUGAUGCUUAUUGUUGCCGCGUAAAUGCCCCUGUGAAUCCUAAUAACAUUUGAAAAUGAUGAUUUUUUUGUGUUUCAUAGAUGUUCGUGAUGGUGUUGUUCUGGUUUCAGUUAUAUAACGGUUUUUCAGGUUCAAACGCAAUCAAUGAUUUGAACUUGGUAUUCUUUAAUCUGAUUUUUACUGCUUUACCGCCAAUAAUAUCAGGAAUUUGGGAUCAAGAUGUGUCCUGUGAAACUCUUCUCAAGAAACCAUAUCUUUACAAACAGGGCCAAGAAAGUGAGGUAUGAGCCCAGUCACAGAUUUAUAUAUCUGUGGCACAGAGUAGAUACAUAUACAGAGUUGUAACUAGUGUACCCACUUUUUUGUGCGCAUGCUCGGCAAAUUACUAGGUGCAUGCAUCUGAUUGGAUGGCGGCUCGCUUUAAAACUUACGCGCAGUUGAUCAUUUUUUGCCUGGUCGCCUGAAAAAAGUGUGUACAUGAAAACGUAAGCUUCCGCAGUGUUUACAACGGUCAGUUACAGCUCUGUAUAUGUAUUUACUCUGUGUCUGUGGCCCAGUAUAUAACUACUGGAACAAACAUUCAUGUUCGCUGUCAACGUCAUCUGACGACAUCGUCAACUGAAAACUUUCGUCAAAACCUGAAAUCGGCCCGAUUAAUCUUUGUGUGUAAACGUAGCUUAAGGGGUUGAGGGGCAGGCAGCGAAAAAAUUAGGGAGUUCGCUGCCCGCACCUCAACCCCAACCCUUAAAACCAUCAGCUACGCAGGCUCUGUUGCAAUAGGAAGAUUUAGGAAUAGAUAGCUUUCGAUUUGACUAUGCGAGUGCGGCUACGAGUAUAAGAUUCAUAAUUUCCGCGUGAGUUACGCUGUAUUUUUCUGUUCUCGUUAAUCUCUAGUUAUGGAGCUUUAGAUUUGAUUAUCGUUAAUACAUGCACCUUGUUAAUGUUUCUCACAUUUUUUGUAGCUUUAUUCCAGAAAAUUGUUUUGUAUAACGAUGGCCGAUGGUAUAUUCCAAAGUCUUGUAAUAUUCUUCUCAGCUUUUUUGGUAUGUUGUAUGGAUGAUAAGAGGGGGGAAUGAACGCUAACAGGGAUUUUUCUAUGCUAUGCAGGAUUUUCCACCAGGGGGCAGUAAUACCUUUAUGUAUACACAUUCCCAAAUGUAACGAACCAAUAUAAUACUAUUUGGCGAACUAUAUAACUCAUCAUGUGGUUGGAAACAUGUAACGUAAGAUGUGUUGUUAUUUUUUUAUUCUCAGGUUUACUACGGUACUCAGACUGGUCUAUUUACAGUCGGAAUAACACUUCAUCAAUGUGCAGUUAUUGUCGCCUCUCUUCAGAUUGCAAUUGAGACAAAUUAUUGGGUAUGAAUAUUAUCUUAACCCUUUUACACGAAAUACGUUAAAGGACAGAAAUAAACGAUGAGUAGGAUAUGUUUUAAGAAUUGGAAGUUUGGUAAGAAAUAGCAUAGAAGGAAGAUAUAAAGGUAAAAGGCAGGGACGUACCUUGCAGGAAGAAGGUAAAAAUGGGGUGUCACCUCCCCCCCCCCCCCCCCCCCCCCCCACACACACACACACUUGAAAUGGCCAAAAAGUCAUCAUCUAUCAAGAGGUGAAGAUAGAUCGCAAGACUGAAUGAGAUAGCGGAUAUCUGAUUCAUAAAUUAUAUAGAGAACCUGCCUUCUUACAGCAGAGAACUAAUAACUGACGAUGUUUUAAUACAUUAUUUUAACAAAUUUCUCUAUUUUUUAUAUUAUUUAGACAAUCAUUCAUGGCGUGGUUCUUGGUCUCAGUGUAUUGCUAUCAUUCUUGUGGUGUAUUGUCUAUAGUGUUUUCUCACCUACCCUGCCAGAUUAUUAUGUUGCUAUAGUGACAAUGGGUACAGCAGAUUUUUGGAUGCUGUGUAUUUUGACAGCAUUUGUGUCCAUGUUGCCAAGGUCAGUUUUAUUAUCAAAUUCCUUUGCAAUCUUUUUGUCGUUAUGAUUACAAUCGUAGGAAUGGAAGUGUUCCUAAAAUAUUUUAUCAAUUAAUUUGCUCACACAAACCAAUUCAUUUGAGACGUUGGACCAAUACCCGCAACGGCGCAAGUCUGCGCGACUUCCUGUAAUUGAUAAUUUCUUCUCACUUCCUGUCUAUGAUUCGUCAAUUGCACCAAAGCUGAUUGGUGUAUUCAAAAGGCUUUUCAAUUAUACGAAAAGUUAUCAAACUUUCAAAUAACUCGGCAAAUGAAUUGGUUCGUGUUAGCAAUUGAAUUGGUAGAAUAUUUUAGGAACACUUCCAUUGCUACGACUGUAAGUUUUAAGACAGUUUAAUAUUAGUCCAGACAACUGUUUAAACACCAUUUUCAAUUGCGGAUUAUUUCCCACGCUUCAAAGCCAUUCAAAACUAGGCCGAUCUCAGGCAAUUUGUCUAUAUAUUAAGCACUCACUCUUCAGCCAGCCGAGGGGAGAUCAUAUAGACAAGCCCUUGCCCUUAUUCUUUUUGCUAAACAUGCCCUUAUUCUUAUUGCUAAACAUAACUUCAUAUUGACGCAAAAAGUCACGCUCUGUCUGCUUACGGCGGCUGUGCCUCUAGCAACUAUAAAAUAUGACCAAGUUCCUAAAGUAUCUUCUCUGCACUAAUGUUAUAGGUUCCUGGUUAGAACUCUACAGCAAUCAUUGUGGCCAACUGAAAUUCAGAAAGCUCGCGUAACAGCCUCAGAUCCUGCAGUAUCACUUAUUGCUUAUGAACCAAGGACUAGAAAGUUUUCACUUGAAAAUAAUAUACAUCCUCAAACGUCUGGAAUUACUGUAUAGGUACGUUCGUCUACAACAAUUAAUUAAUGCAUUCGACGCCAGCGGCGGCGGAACAGAUUUCAUUCUGGGGGGGGGGCUAAAUUUUUUUCCUGUGACCCCCCAACGCCCCCCCCCCCCGUCGCCAAAAAAUUUUCGGUCAGUGUACCAUUUUAGGGGUACAAAAAUUUUUCCGGACAUAUACAAGAAAAGGGAUGAAAAAAAUUUUUCCGGACAUAUAACAAAAUUUUUUUCCGGAAAUACACAAUUUUUAAACAAAAUAUUGCAAAUUUUUCCCCUUAUACCUAAAUUUUCAAAAAAUAACCUCAAUUUUUCCUUAAUUAUCAACAUUUUUCCACAAAAAACUAAAUUUUCUGGGGGGGGCUAACCCACUUUUACUUCUGGGGGGGGCUAAGCCCCCCCCCCCACUUUUACUGUAGCCCUCCUAGCCCCCCCGGUUCCGCCGCCCCUGUUCGACGCCAUCUUGGUUGAUUUUUAAAACAUAAAAAAAUUUUAUUCCUGGUCGUAUCGAGUCAGAGAUUGAUACCAACAAUACGAUAAGCUGUUGUUAAAACAAACCAAUAAAUACAAAAUUAACUACUUCGCCAUAACGGGUAAAGUAAACUUUAGAAUCAACGUCAUAUGGAAACGAAGAAUUUCUUUACAACCCGUGCAGGAUGAUGAUCAUGGGCUGUAAAAAAGCAAUCUUACGACAUAGUGGACUACAAGGAUAUAGUUUUAUUGAUCCUAUUUAUCCAAUUAUUUGAUGUCUAUUGUUUUUUGGUUUGUUUUAACAACAACUUGUCGUAUUAUUAGUAGCUUUACGAUCUCUGACUCGAUACGACCAGGAAUGAAAUCCACCAAGAUGAUCAUGAUUGCCGUCUUCUAUAGGUUUUUUCGUCUUCCAUACAAUAGGUAGUUGUGAAAUUUGUGAGUAUUUGAUAAGCUUUGCACACAAUCAAAUUUUCAGAUAUUUCAGUUCGAUGAGUUAAGAGCCAGCAAGGUGGGAAGCUUACCCGUAAAUCGAGAAGACCCCAUAUGCGUCUGAAUAUUUGAUCUCCCUCAUUGAUGUGAUAUUAAUGGUUCGCCGACGCCCUCAUUGAUGUGAUAUUAAUGGAUUCGCCCUCAUUGAUGUGAUAUUAAUGGUUCGCCCUCAUGGAUGUGAGAAUAUUAAUGAGGUCGCCCGCAUUAAUGUGAAUAUUAAUAAGGUCGCCCCCAUAUAUUUGAAUAUUUAUGGUCGCCGUUAUAUCUGAAUAUUAAUGUUUCACCUUAUAUAUCUCAAUAUUAAUGAUUAUCUGAAUAUUAAUGAAUCGCCCACAUUACUGUGAAUAUUAAUAAGUUCGCCCUCAUAAUUUGAAUAUUAAUGAGACACACAAAAUAUAUGUAUUGUGUAUUCAACGCGCGCGUUAGCCCGCAAAUUGCAGGCUUCAACACUGAGCUAUAUAUUUCAUACGUAAUUCUAAUACAUAACUUCAAUAAGACCCGGAAUUGGGUCCCUGUGAUCGAAAAUGGGUUGGAAACUCAGUAAUAUAAUAAGCUUAAGCAUGCAAGCAGUGGCGGAAGCUUUGCGAAAUAUUGGGGGAGGGGGGCGAGUGCCAAAGGCACGGGAUUUCUAGGGAGUACAGUGUACAGUAUGGGGGAAUGCUGCUAAAGAAAAUUUUUAGAAUUUGGAUCCUUGAAAUGGCAUUUGCAGCAUUCUUAGAGCACAUUUUGUAAAUUUCAAGUUUUCAAAACAUUAAUUUAAUGGUGCAUUUUGUUAUAAAUUAUAUGCCAAGCAUAAAAAAACGACAUUUCAGAGAAAAUCACUUGUGAAUGGAAUUGCAAGGUGGUUUAACUCUUUCUGACCCUUUCUCGGCAAGUCCCACGCAUGUCAACUUCUAGGAGCUGACGACUUUGUAUGUUUAUAUCUUCGGUUCAGUGCAUGCUAUGAAGACAAUAAUAUGGCAAUCGCCCCCCCCCCUUGCCCCUCCCCCCUUAGUUUCCGCCACUGCAUGCAGGCGACGUCUUUCUCAACACGGACGUCACUCGAAAAUUGGUGUAACUAAUUUUGACGGCAUUUUGCACCAGAGCUCGUAUAAGGAAGCAAAAACACAACCUCACACAAACACAGUUUUUAAUCCAGCCCCCCUCGACACUUUGAAAUCUGACGUCGUGUUAACAAAACGUCCCCAGCGGGCAAAAUGACGUUUAUCCAACGUUGAAUCAACGUUGGAAAUGACCUUCCAGACGUUGGAUAGACGUUGAACAAGGGUUGACUAUGCAAAUUGGAUCGACGUUACUGUUUCGACGUUGAAACAACGUUGAAAUUAGGUUGCCAAUCUCGUCAACCAUAAUUCAACGUUGAAUCCACGUUAAAACAACGUUGAGAUUGGUUCACAAAUCGACGUCGUACAUUUAACCAUGAAUGAACGUUAAUUCAACGUCUGUUGGCUGCUGUUGAACCAAUGUUUGUAAAACAACGUCUGAGCAACGUAGAUAUUAGGUUCUCGACGUCGCAACCUUUUUUCUACCAAAUUUCAACGUUGAAACAACGUCGUGUGCCCGAUGGGUCGCUUGCUUUAAGCUCCCUGAUAUCUAAUAUAUUUACCAUUUGUCAAUCGUCAUUCAUUUCUGCCUUUUGAAUUCUUAAUCCAUGUGAUUAUAUUGUACAUAUAUGUAUCCCUUCGUUCUAAUAAAUGCAAAAAUCCAGCGAUUCUUUUUUACUGCAAUUUAUUCCAUUCACACUACUAUAAUACAGUGGAGGUUAUUAACUACUUAUAAUAAAUAUGUUUAUAAUAAAUAUUCAAAAGUUUUCAACGCAAUGAAAUGUAAUACUCGAGUAUCGCUGUAUCGAAGUGCUUAGACUGUUUGGACAAACCACAUUUCACUUCGUCCCAGUUGAGCAGAAGAUUUCUUGGCCGUUUUCACUUUCCCGUUGUUUCUAAUACUGAGAUAAUUUCCAAUCGAUACCGAUGAAAAUGUAGAGAACAUUUGUUUUGUUUUCUGUUCUGCCCAGGAAAGAGUAUUUGUUCCCGUAUUAUUCGUUUUCUGAAAGAAAAAA